AUAGUUCCUUAUCUAGUUUCUUGAAACACUCCAAAGUCCAAACCCUUACUCAGUUACUCCCUUGAGUCCCUUCUCACUCUCACUGUGCUAUGCUGAUGCCACUUCCACUACCACAUGUUCAACAAACCAACCUAAACCAAAUGCUUCUUUCUCCACCGUCACCCUCUCCUCGCUGCGGCUGCUGCAAUGUGUUCUCUCUCCACGGUCGCUGUUGCUCUGUAAUCUCUCUCCACCGUCGCUGCAACCUCUGAGCUCGUCCCCAUCUCUGCCUGUGCUCUCUUGUAGUUUUCUGUGCCUACGCCGCUUCUCUGAUUUCGCCGCAAGUCACCUCUCACCUUCGUUGCUGCUCUGCUCUCUGCUCGCCCAGUCUCCGUCACUGCCUUUAUACUCUGUCGCCGCGGGUCGGAUCUCUCCACCGAAAUGCUCUCUUCAAUAUAACUUUGCUCUGCUCCCACCUCACACCACAACCGCAAAAUAACAUGGAAACCAGCAGCACCCACAAUGGGAGUAGCAUGAUGUGGUUUUUCAAGGAUAGAGGGCUUGAUGAUAAUAGCAUACAAGGAAUUUUCAGAAGGUGCAAACGCCUUGAGAGUGUUAACAAAGAGAGAGCAAAUGAGAAUUGGGAAUACUUGAGAAGCAUUGGAAUUCAAGAAAGAAAGAUUCCAUCUGUUGUUUCGAAAUGCCCCAAGAUCCUCGCUCUCGGCCUCAAUGAGAAGAUUGUCCCCAUGGUUGAGUGUCUCAGGACAUUAGGAACAAAGCCCCAUGAAGUCACCUCUGCCAUAGCCAAGUUCCCUCACAUACUCUCACACAGUGUCGAAGAGAAACUUUGUCCCCUUUUGGCCUUCUUUCAGGCGUUAGGCAUACCCGAGAAGCAACUAGGGAAGGUGAUACUGCUCAAUCCUCGGCUUAUCAGCUACAGCAUCGAAACAAAGCUGAAGGAGAUUGUGGACUUCCUUGCUAGCCUUGGUCUAAAUAAAGAUGGAAUGAUUGGAAAAGUCAUAGUCAAGGACCCGUUUAUAAUGGGUUAUAGUGUUGAUAAGAGACUCCGACCAACUUCAGAGUUUCUGAGGUCAAUAGGCCUGAGUGAGUUAGAUCUUCAGGCGGUGGCUGUGAACUUCCCAGCAAUCUUAAGUAGAGAUGCGAAAAAGGUUUUGAUGCCCAAUUAUGAUUUCUUAAAGAAAUGCGGAUUUCAAGACAAACAAAUAGCUGCUUUGGUUGUUGGUUUUCCUCCUAUUCUGAUCAAGAGCAUACAGAACUCUUUAGAGCCCAGGAUUGGAUUUUUAGUGGACGUGAUGGGGAGACAAGUGGAUGAAGUCGUUGAUUAUCCCUGCUUCUUUCGUCAUGGCCUGAAGAGAAGAUAAUGGGGUUUCCUCUGUCACCAUGUCGUGAUGGCAAUGAGAUCUUGUGAGUGCUGUUGUCCUAUAUACACUUGUUUUUUGGCAUGUUAAAUUCGUUGCAGUAAGUUUCAUGAAUUGUGAAAGAAGAUUUAGGUAAAGAAACUCGGUCAAUAUCUGAUUGAGUUAAAUCAGAUUGUAAAGAUAAUAAAGAGUAGUUAUAUUCUAUUAGGAAGUUAGUUAUAAUUGUCCCUAUUAUCGGUAGACAUAAGUAAUUGAGUCAGUGAUAUAUAUAGACAUAGUUGUAUCAGUAAUUCAUUCAAUACAGAAUUCGCAUUACAGUAUAACACUUUCCUUUCCCUUCUAUUCUCAUUGACAAGAAUGUGAAUUCUGAGUCUACUAAUUCUGCCGCUUUCUCUGAUGUUAUAUCUACUAUCUCUGCUCUUUGCUCCUUCACUAUUGAUCCUGCUACUUCUAUAUCUCGUCCUGGUUCUCAAACUCCCUCUCCUAGUCCUGAGUCUGAUAAUACUGUCUCUUGUUCUCCUCCUUCCUCUGGCACUCAGCCUCAAACUCUUAUUGGAAUUUUGCUGCCAAAAGAAUUCUAAAGGGGAGGUUAUUAGACACAAGGCUAGACUUGUUUUACUCUAACUGCAGGAGUUGACUUUGAUCAGGUAUUUUCCCUUGUAAUCAAGCUAGUAACCAUCCGGUUGAUUCUCAUCUUAGCAUUUUCUAAGGGUUAUGAUUAAACAAUAUGAUUUUCAUAAUGCUUUUUCAAAUGACAUACUGCGUGAGACUGUAUAUGACCCAACCUCUAGGAUUUACUCAUGCUAACCCCCAUCUAGUUUGCAAAUUGAAUAAAGCUAUAUAUGGGCUUAGACAAGCUCCACAUGCUUGGUAUCUUGGUUUUAAUUGUACCAAUUCUGAUUCUUCUCUAUUUGCUAGGUUUACUACAAAUUCUAUUACUUAUUGAUUUAUGUUAAUGACAUGUUUGUUACUGGAAAUAAUAAAAUAGAAAUUACAUAUGUUCUUAAGCAGCUGCAUUCUACAUUUUUACUCAAGGAAUUAGGGGAUUGGAUUCUUGGUAUUGAAGUCUCACAUCUCUUAAUCAAACUAAAUAUAUAAAAGAUUCAUUGGUAAAAGCUGGUAUGAAUGACUCUAAACCUAUGAACACUCCUAUGAUAAGCUCAUCUAGACUAACAGCAGAGGCAUGUACUCCCUUUGAAGAUUCUACGUUAUUUCGUUCUAUUCUGGGGAAAUUGCAACAUGCAACAAUUACUCGCUUGGAUAUUUUGUUUUCAGUGGACAAGAUUAGCCAAUAUAUGGCUAAUCAAUAUUAAGAACACUGUAUGACAGUAAAAAGGGUCUUAAGAUAUCUUCUUGCUUCUGCUGAUUUAACUCUCCAAUUUCUUAAAUCUAUCGAUUUACGCUUAACUGUAUUUUUAGAUUCUGAUUGUGCAGUUGACUUGGAUGAUCGGAAGUCCAUUUCAGGUUAUUGCGUCUAUUAUGGUCCCAAUCUAGUUUCAUGGAAAUGCAGCAAACAAACCACCGUUAGUCGCAGUGAGGUAAAGCUUAGAGCACUUGUAGCAGUAUUUUCUAGCUCAUUUGGAUUCAAAGUUUGGAAUUUGGAUCAUCUAAAUUUUGAAUUUUCACUUUAGAAGAUAAAGUGAGAUCUCUCAUCCUUGAAUGAUUUCUCUCUCACACUUUCUCUUGGUCCCACCUAUGAAAUAAAUGGUGAGAGAUUACACCUUACCCUCUAAAGUGAAAUUCAAAAUUUAGAGGAUUCAAAUCCCAAGGUUUGCUAGUUGAACUCCACUAGCCGUGUCUUACUGCGCCAACUGUUUUUUGUAACAUGUCAGCAGCUCUCUUGGCUUAUAACCUAAUUUUACAUAAUCGCAUUAAGCAUUUUGAGUUGAAUCUAUAUUUUGUUCAUGACCGGUUGAUAAAAGGCCUGGUGGCUGUAAGUCAUGUCCCCACAAUAGAAUAGAUUGUAAACAUAUUGACUAAACCACUGUCAACUAUACUCUUUGAGAAGUUUAAGGACAAAGAUUGGCAUUAAUGACUUCCUGAGUUUAUGGGAGAAUGUAAAGAUAACAAAGAGUAGUUAUAUUCUAUUAGGAAGUUAGUUAUAACUGUCCCUAUUAUUGGUAGAUAUAAGUUGAGUCAGUGCUAUAUAUAUAGACAUAGUUGUAUCAGUAAUUCAUUCAAUACGGUAUUCAUUUUCACAUUA